AAAUUUUAUUAUUUUAUAUAUUGUGAAUAAAGAUUUAUAUAGCAGUGCCUUUUUAUGUUUGAAAAUUGGUACUUUUUCUCUUUCUCCCUCUCGUUUUCUAUGCUUUGCGCGGUGUUGCCAGUUGUUAAAGGCUUCCUUACAUUGUUAUUCCGGGAUUGGAGGUGUUGUAUUAUUCAUCAGGAAAACGUGGAGUGAUUGGUGUGUAACUGGAUGCAUAAUAAAAUUUUACAAAAGUGUAAUAACCAAAGUUACAAUGAUUCGAAGAAGUAGAAGCAGGGGCCCUAGAAGCUACAACAGCAGACGCCACUCGGAAAGCUAUAACAAUGAUAACUUCAGGGAGAAAGAUGAGCGACAAAGCAGAUUUUCUAAAACAAACAGAUACGGAAAUAGCAGGAGACCCAAUCCACAUAAUGAGUACAAUUCACGAAGAAGAAGACUUUCCACUAGUCCUGUGUCAGAUGAUAAAAGUCAAGACUUGCGCCCUAAUCAUAAUAUAUCUUAUGAAUUGAAUAGAUUGGAAACUGAAGAGGUUUCACCAGUAUCAAACAAUGAUAACAGAUUAGACAGAUUGGAGAAAAUGGUCGAAAUGUUGGUAUCCAAAAAUCAAGCUCAUACUGUGGUCCCUGAUUUGCCCCAAGGUGCACCAGAUACAAGCAAUGGUAACAUCCCUGAAUUGGUUCCAAGAAACAGUAUGUUUACAACAUCAAUGUGGCUGAAUGUGAUUGAAGAGCUCUCUGUUAAGGAAAACUUGAACGAAAGACAAACUAUUGAGCUAGUAAUUAAUAAAAUGACUGGUGUUAUUAAAGCCUGGUAUAACAGUAUAUCAAGGUAUAAUUUUUCAUGGCCAGAACUAAAACUAUUGAUUGUGAAAACUUUUCCAGACAAUGAAAAUUUUGCCAGUACAUUGUCAAAACUGGUGUUCAGAAAAAAGGAGUCAGAUGAGUCCUGGACCAAUUACUUCUUCAGCAAAUUGUACAUGACAGAGGCUUGUAAAAUAACUGGUGCAGAUGCAGUUUCUUGUAUUAUUGAUGGAUUUAACAAUGAAGCCAUGCAGGCUGAUGCCACACAAAAUAACUACCUCACUCCUGAAUCACUUUAUUCAAUGUUUAUGGUAUAUUUGCCUGAAAAUGGUAAUAGUCUAGAAGAGCAGCAAGAAUCAUAUGUGGAACCAUAUGUAGUAUCACCUGGAAGAGAGGAAAGGAAGUCUGAUGAAUUCGAGAGGAACAAUCACAGAUAUUAUAAUACAGGCUACAAAAAGAAAUUUUAUGAAUAUAAAGCAAAGACACUGCCAUAUGGAGACUGCAGAAGAAAAAUUGAGGAAAAGAAGAGAACAAACAGAUGGGGAAAUAACAUUCACCAGUAGCAAUUGAUAAGAAACUAACACAAUGUAAAUAGAAUUAAUACUAGUUAUUCUUAUCAGAAGAAUUUACAAAAUGUGUAAAUAAUAUGAUUCUACUGAUUGCAACAAUUAUUGAAAAAUAUUUUAGUGCUCAGUUAAAUGUCUUACCAGGGAUUAAAUUUCAUAAAUUGUGUGUUGUGAAAGAAGAGGAUUUUAUACUGUGGAGAAUGUUACAAAAUAAAAUUUGUGAAGGAGUUAUUUACUGAUUCAACUAUUUCGAACCUCUGGUGCUUUUAAACUUUUGUGUUUUUCGAAUGCAUUUAUUUUUGUUGGAAGAUCUGUUUGGAAAAUUUGAUGUCAAGCCAACCUACAUUUUUUUACUAUUGUGGUAAUUAAGAGGAUGCUUUGGAAUAUAAAUGGUUCGCUCUAAGGCCAAAGCUAUGGAUGACAUCUUUUACAAAUAUUAAUAAAUAUGUAAGAUAACUAGGUUAUGUGUUUUUUAUAAUGAAAAAAAUCUUUAAGAAACUAAUAAACUGUUUUUUUUU